UAUUUCAACUUGAUAAGUCAGUUUAAUGGCUAGUCAAUAAUAUUUGUUCGGUGUCUGGUUUAUUCACAUUAUUUCAUCAGCGUUGGAUUGAGUGUAAUAGUCUGUUCGUGGUGUGUGCUUUAUUCACAUUAUUUCAUCAGAAUUUGAUUUUGUGCAAUAUUUUAAAAUGAAAGUUGAAUAUUUGACAAUUCUAUUUGUGCUGUUAAGUGGCAUGAGCUACGGCUCGCGAAUAUUGAUUUACUAUCCAACGAUCGGCAUUUCGCAUGUUCUACCGGUGCAGGCGUUAGCUAAAAGUCUGGCUGAACGAAACCAUGAGAUAACUUUCAUCUCCCCAUUUCCGCUCAGUAAACCUAUGAACAACUAUCGAGACAUUAAGUUACAGUACAACGAUUCGGCGACGUCUGCCUUCAUAAGCGAGGUAACAAAAAACCCGAAAAAUGUCUCGAUGUUCCAGAUGAUGUCGAAGAUGCCAGAAUUGAUUUUUAAUCUUGGAAACGAUACACUGCAAUCGUAUGAGGUACGCAAGUUGAUGAGAGAAGAACAAUUCGACUUGGUGAUCGUUGGCUUCUUUUUCACUGAUUUUGGACUCGGACUUGCCGACCACUUUAAAUGUCCGAGUAUUGUGUUCAGUCACGCUGGAAGUUUCUGGACAUUGAAUAAAAUGGUUGGUAAUCCACUAUCAGUGUCUGCUGUUCCUAGUUCAUUUGUUCGUGGCGAAAUGACCAGUUUUGUAAAUAGACUGAAAACCUUUUUCUUAACUAUUGUGGAAAUGACAAUGGCUGAAUACAUGAAGUACCGUUCCAAGCAAGUCUAUGACUACAACUUCCCGAAAAGUGAAGGAUAUAUCAGCUAUGAGGAGGCACACAACAACGUCUCACUUGUGUUUAUGAAUUCACAUUUCAGCAGUGGUACGGUACGACCAAUUCUACCGAACAUGGUUGAAGUCGGUGGAUUACAAGUUAAAACUAAAAACGAACCCCUUCCCGAAAAACUACAGACAUUCCUUGACGAUGCAAAAGACGGUGCGAUCUUGUUUACACUCGGAUCUAAUUCAAAAAGCACCUACCUGCCACAGAAGACUCUCAACAUACUUCUAAAAGUGUUUUCUACACUGAAGCAAAGGAUUGUUAUGAAAUGGGAAUCGGAAGUUCUGGAAGGAAAACCUGAAAACGUUUUCGUUGGCACUUGGCUACCUCAAGAUGACAUUCUCGCCCAUCCGAAUAUAAAACUUUUUAUUUCCCAUUGUGGUUUAGGUGGUGUCGUUGAGGCGAAGCACCAUGGAGUGCCUGUGCUGGGCCUACCAGUUUAUGGUGAUCAGCCUAAAAAUGCUGAGAUUGUUGUUAACGAGGGCUGGGGUAUUUCAUUGGAUUUAAUGGAAUUAACUGAGGUUACCUUAAAAGACUCGAUCAGCACUAUUUUGAACACUCCGACUUAUUCGGAAAUUGCAAAGAGGUUGUCCACUCUUACCAGAGAUCGUCCAUUAAAUCCUCAAGAAACAGCAGUGUAUUGGGUUGAGUACGUUCUGCGACAUCGAGGUGCACCUCACAUGCAUUACAACGGUGCUGACUUGAAUUUCUUCCAAUAUAAUUCGUUCGAUAUCAUCGGAUUUUUGAUAUUGAUGUUGUGGAUUGGAACUAAAAUUAUUAAACUUCUUAUUGGACUUUGUUUCCGAAAAAAAGUGUCGACUGAUAAACAACAAAAGAAAAUAAAGAGAAACUAAAAAUGUUUAAACUGUUGAAAAUAAUUUUUUUUUUAUGGAAAAGUGUUUUCCAUAAAUCCAGU